AUGGCACCCACCGCAUCAACGUCCCAACACCCCUCCCAACCCUCACACACCCACACCCGCACCUCGUCCUCGUCCUCCUCCUCACGCCUCCGCCCCGGCCCCUUAACACGCCAAGAAGCCCGACUAGGAAUCACGACCAGUUAUCCGAACCUCGGUUUGCAUGGAGCGGCUGCGAAUGGGAAUACGGGCCUGGUCCAAUACGCCCUCUCUCACGGCCAACCCGUCAACUCGAUCCUCUCGGGCGUCCUUCCCUUACACGCCGCCGCUUCCUCCGGGAACGAGACGGUCGUGCGGAUGUUGAUCGAGGCCGGAGCGGACGUCAAUAGUCCGCGGUUGAGUCGGAGGUUCACGCGCGAGGGGAGCAAGGAGAGAGGGGUGUCGGUUGGGACGCAGGGCUCGACUCCCCUGCACUUUGCCGCCGCAAACGGCCACCUCGCGAUCCUCCACCUCCUCCUCUCCUACGGCGCCGACCCACGCAUCCCUGAAAAAGCCGGCAUAACGCCCGAGCAAAUCGCCGUGUCGAACGGGCACCUGGAUGCGGCGGAGGUGUUGAGAGGGUGGGCGGACGUGUUGGACGCUCAGCAGUCGGCGCAGCAGGCGGGAGGAGGAGGCGCGGGGAAGAAGGGAGGGAGUACGCGGUCUUUGAGUCUGAGGACCGCAGCGGUGGGAGCGGGACCGCCCCCAUCCACCCGCACUCGCAGCCUCUCAACCGCCGCCUCCGUCCUACACCCUCAACGUUCCUUCGACCGCCUCGCGACCAAACUCGUCCAAUCAGCGCACACAGCCCAACUUCCCUUCACCCACGUCCGCGGCUUGACGUCUUCCUCCUCGUCACUCUCCUCCGCCGCGGCAUACGCGACCCCCAGCGCGUCGACGAGCCAGAUCUCGCUUGGGGCGGUGGGUGGGCCGCUGGGGAUGCAGAUUCAGGGUGGGAACGGGAGUAGUUGGUCUGUCGCGAGUUCGACGGCCGGAGGAGGAGGAGGAGGGAGUUCGUCGUCUACUCCUUCGACGAGGAGGCUAUCGUUCAAUUCCCUCCGCUCCGGGAACGGCGCGGCGAAUGGGGGCGCGGCGAAGGAUUCGAGUGCGGGUGCGGGUACGACGCCGAGGACGAGGAGGCCUAGUCUGCCGAGCGUAUGGGAAAAGGCGGGGCGUCCAGGCGCAGCGAUCCGACAAGCUUUCGGCUUGAAUUCCGCCUCUCCUUCCGCCGUACCAGCGUCUUCAGCAUCCGCCGCCGCCGCCGCCGAGGAAGACCCGCACGUAUCAGCCGAUGAGCUGAGCGAACAAGACCGCACCGAGCGCGCCGAGCGACGGAGGAGCCUCGAAGUUCACCGACCGCUCAGGCAGGACUCGUUUGUCGGCAGUUUGGCGGUGCAGGCUGAGUCGCCAGGCCUGCGCGUCGAGGAUGAGGAGGCGGAGGAAGAAGCGCAAACACCGCUUGCGACGAGGGCGCCGGAGUUGCCCCUGCCUGCUUCGACGACCGCCGGCUCGACGAUCGGACCGCUCACCCGUGCAGCUUCGCACCAUUUCUACCGACCGAGACAGAGCAGUAACCUCUCGAAGGGGUCGUUCUCCGGUCGUCGACCGAGUAUGGAUGAGGAGGAAGGCGUUCCGGGUGCAGAGCAGGAGAAGGAGGGAGAGGCGAGUGCGGGAGUGUUUGAGGACGAGCCAAGCCCGCCAACGACGGCUGUCUCCUCGCCCGUCACGUCCCGGAAUCGCCGCCGCGCCUUGUCGAACCCGAAUCCGCAGUCCGGCACUCGUUCGCCUUUGUUGCAGCAAGUGCACUUCAAUCAGCACCAGCAGCUGCAGCUGCGCGCGAAGGAGGACGGUACGGUGGGAUCGUCGGCGUCGCGGCCUUCGAUUGCGGACGCCGAAGACGGAGACGGCGACGAGGAAGACGUGGUGGGGAUGUUGCGGCCACUGCAGGCUUAUCCGACUUACGACGCUCGACGGGCUUUCGCGCCGCCCGAUUCGGCCGGCGACGGGUCUGCACCUCCGCACGACGCGACCGGGCGCAAUCGCAGCAACUCUGCCUCGACUCGGUUCUCCUCCUCGCCCGGCUCGUCCUACUCCGGCCCGACGUUCUCGACCUACGCUCCCUCCGCUUCGACCGCACCGACAAGCGUCGCGCCCGGCAGUCCGGGGGCGAAAGCCAAGACGCGCGUUGAGCGUGCGCACGAAGCGAACGCGGCGCCGGGGAUGACGAGUCAGCGCUUGCUAGGGCCGCUGUACGAGUCGCGUGCUGUUCACUCGGCGUCGGCGUCGGUUGCGCCGCCUCGGACGGGCGAAGGCAGCGACGAGGAGGACAAGCCGAAGACGCGUGCGCAGGCGCGGUCGAGGGUGCAGAGAGCCGAGCGGGAAUUGCUCGGUUUCAAGUCGCCGCCGUCUUCGAGCGCGACAGACGCCAAGUCGGCAGGGAGCGGAAAGAGCUUGAAGGACCAGCUUGCAGCCUAUGGGCGGAGCUUGAAGGCUGAGCGCGAGCUGGUUGAGCGCGAGGAGAGGGAGAAGGCGAAGGCUCGUUCGGCCGGGUACACGAUCGAGACCAUCUCGACGAGCGCGAAGACUCCGACUCCCGCCUCCGCCCAGCAACAGCCCGUCGCAGCCGCCUCGCCUGCGAUCCCCGCCUGGCGCGCCAUCCCGCACGUCGACCGCCUCGUUCCGCCUUCUCCCGGUCGCCGCAGCGUCUCACCCGGCGCCACCUCCUCGACACCGCGCCGCCGCCCCUCCCGCGACCUCGACUCGUCGAACCCUUCGUCCGCCAAGACGACCCCGCCCAAGUCGUCGAUCACGGAGAGCAAGCGCGCGUCGUCGCCUACGUCGACCCGCUCCGGCUCGAACAAGAGCAGCUCGACGACGAUGGCGGGCAGUGCGGCGGUUUUGGGCUCGGGACCGGGCGGCGUCUCGUUCGUCGAGGUGCAGCCUGCACGGUCGGACGGACAUCACCACUACCACCACCACCACUCGCACGCCCAGCCUCGCGCGACUCGCAGCGACAAGUCGCACUCGGACGGACGGGGCGGAGGAGCGACGUCGACCCUCUCAGCAGCCGGCAUGGGCGCGACAGCGGCGGGCAAGAUCUCGAUUCGAGACCAGGUCGAGGUGGACAGGCGGAUCAAGGACGAGCAGGAGCAGCGGAUCCCAAAGGCUGCGCGGACGGCGCCGCAGAAGAAGGCCGGUUUGAAGCGGUUCUUCGGCGGAGGUGGCGGAUCCAGUGCGGGAGGUCGGUCGUGA